AUGACGGUUCAUCGGCGUUUAUUUUCCGUCUCACCAUUAAUCAAUGACGAUGUUAUAUUGCACCGUAAACGACUUAUGAUGAGGGUUAAGAAUACAGGAAUGAAAGAGCUCGACGUACUUUUUGACGGCUAUAUUAGCAGCAUAUCUGAAGAGAUGAGUCCCACGAUGCUGGAUGAGUUUGACGCUCUACUUGAUAUCGAGACACCCUCUCUAUAUCAAGCAUUGGUAGUUCGGCAAAAAAUGCCUGAACAGCUACAAGGAAAUCUUGUUGCCGCUAAUAUACUCGACUAUGUCAAGCGCGGAUUGUCAACUGCGAAGGGUGAAUGA